UACAGCUGAUAUCUGUCACCAGAGUUGUACUUUGUUGUUGAUAGUUCUGAAGCUUUAGUCAGAGCUUCUUUCGCGAGUAUUAAAACUAUUCUCAAGAAAGGUUUACAUGAUUAGAUCACCGUGUAUACGAUGACUAAUGUUUUCAGCUUUAUUAAAGGCAGGUUAUUGUAAACAAAGGUGAUCGAGAUGGACAGCUUGUUCACGCAAAACGUAUCUGAUGAACCUGAUGAUGUUCCUUAUACUCAAGACCCCGUAUGGAUCCUCGGCAAAAAAUACAAUGCCAUCAAAGAACUUGAUGCUAUACGGCGUGACAUAAAGUCCAAAUUAUGGUUCACUUAUCGUAAGGGUUUCGUACCUAUUGGAGGUUCCAGCUCUAGUUUUACCUCUGACAAAGGAUGGGGCUGCAUGCUAAGAUGCGGACAGAUGGUUUUAGGACAGGCAUUAGUUUCUUUACAUUUAGGAAGGGAUUGGCUCUGGACCCCUGAAACUAAAGACAGCACGUAUCUAAAAAUAUUGAACAGAUUUGAAGAUCGUAGAGCUGCUCCGUUUUCUAUUCAUCAAAUUGCUGUGAUGGGGGCAUCCGAAGGUAAAGAAGUUGGCCAGUGGUUCGGACCUAAUACAAUAGCACAGGUUUUAAAGAAGCUUGUUGUCUAUGACGAUUGGAGUUCGAUAACGAUACACGUAGCUCUAGAUAACACAAUAAUUGUUAAUGACAUUAUGAGACAAUGUAAAAUAGAAGGCGGAACAACUGUAGAAGUAGAUGGUAAAAUGCCUUUGAAAGCACCUAGUGAAUGGAAACCAUUAUUGUUAAUCGUUCCUCUAAGACUUGGCCUGAGUGAGAUUAAUCCAGUGUAUGUUAACGGCCUUAAGACUUCUUUCCAAAUCGAACAAUCCCUCGGUGUUAUUGGUGGUAAACCAAAUUUGGCUCUGUAUUUCAUUGGCUGCGUUGGUGAUGAAGUUAUUUUCCUUGAUCCUCAUACGACGCAGAGAUCUGGUUCUGUAGACCAGAAAUCUGAGGAAGGCGAAAUGGAAAUAGACACAACUUACCACUGUGGAUCCGCUAGCCGUAUUCCAAUAACUGGAAUAGAUCCUUCGGUUGCUCUGUGCUUCUUCUGUGCAACUGAGAAAGACUUCAAUUCGUUAUGCAGAUCGAUACAGGAUGAGUUGAUUAAUCCAGAGAAACAACCACUCUUUGAAUUAUGCUCCGAAAAACCUGCCGAUUGGUCUCCAGUGGAUGAUUACACAGUCGAAGCAGCAGGGACUGCAGUUUCUGGGAUACUGGAAUUCGAGAGUCUUGACUGUCAACAUGAUGCUUCGGACGAAGAGUUUGAAUUUCUUGGUUGAAAAGAAUUGUACUAUUCUGCAAAUGCUUAAAUGAGAAAGGAGUAUAAAUAUCGCACAUACAAGAUCGUCUCUGUUUGUACAUUUGUCUUCAACUGAAAUAAAAUUUAUCCGAAAUUAUUUCAGGUAAGCAUCAGUGUAGCUAGCUAGUUGAAGAAUAAAAAAUUAAAAUGA